AUGCGUCUGUACAGGAUUCUUGUCGGCGCUAUCGUGGUCUUCACGUCGUCAGCAAACUCACGCUUCCCGCCCGUUGCCCGAAUUGAAAAUCACACCCAUACUAUCUCGCAAAAGAGGGCCCAAGCAAUCAAAGAGGCUUUUGAGUUUGCUUGGUAUGGUUACCAAACAUUCGCGUUUCCUAACGAUGAACUACAUCCAAUCAACAACUCGUUCUCCGACUCGAGAAAUGGCUGGGGUGCUACUGCUGUUGAUGCUCUGAGUACUGCUAUCUUGAUGGAGUCACAAGACGUGGUGACUACAAUCCUGAAGUACAUUCCCAGCAUCAACUUCAACGUCAGCAAAGGCAAUCAACCUGUCAGCUUGUUCGAGACAACCAUUCGCUAUCUAGGCGGCAUGCUUUCGGGCGUCGACCUAUUGACUGGUCCCUACCAGCAUUUGACAGAAUCGCCAGACGAUGUUACUGCUUUGAAACUCCAGGCUCUUAGUCUGGCUAACAAGAUGAAGUUUGCAUUCGACACGCCAACAGGCAUUCCUGCCAACAACCUCAACUUCAAGGGUGAAAAUUAUGAUCCUUUCCAACCGACCGGACUUGCUGUCGCUGGUACUUUGAUUCUCGAAUGGACUCGCCUGUCAGAUAUGGUUCAUGUGCCCGACUUCGCGAACCUGACUCAGCACGCCGAGAACUACCUUCUCCUACCUACAUACAAGAACGCAACGAUACAACCACUGCUCGGUCUUCGCGGCACAAGCAUCGACCUUAGUACGGGAGAUUUCCUCGAUACAAAAGGUGGCUGGGGUGGAGGUGACGACUCAUACUACGAAUACCUGAUCAAGAUGUUCGUUUAUGAUCCCGCACACUUCUCGGAUUACAAGGACGAAUGGCUCCAAGCCGUGAAAUCUUCAGCCACUAGCGAGAUAUCCUCACAUCCCUACUCAAGGCCCGAUCUGACUUUCCUGACCAACUGGAAUGGGCAAGAUGCUAUUCUAAGGUCAAGUCACCUCGCUUGCUUCGCUGGCGGUAAUUGGAUUCUUGGCGGACUGGUGUUGGGAAACCAAACUCUCAUCGAAUUGGGCCAGAACCUCACAGACAGCUGUGCCGAAAUUUAUACUGCUACUAUCACGGGUAUUGGCCCUGAGACUUGGAGUUGGGAGGAUGAGGAGUUCUUCGACGGAGAUGAAUUCGAAGAAGAUAGAUCCACCAAGGAGAACGGCUUCAUCAUCACGGAUCCCAUGUACGAUCUACGACCCGAAGUCCUUGAGUCGCUUUACUACGCCUACCGUGCCACAGGUGACAAGAAGUACCAAGACUGGUCUUGGAAUACGUUCAAAGCUAUCAACACCACCUGUCGUACUGGAUCUGGCUACUCGGCAAUCUCGAAUGUCAAUGUCACGCACGGAGGGAACUUCUCCAACUUCCAAGAGAGUUUUAUGUUUGCCGAGACAUUCAAGUAUGCUUGGUUGAUCCAGGCCGAGGACUCCAAGGUGCAUGUUGCGAAGAUGGGAGAAGAGCAGACUUGGGUGUUCAACACUGAGGCUCAUCCCUUGAAGGUUCGUUCUCAACAGGCUCAGCAGUGA